GGGCCCCACAUGCACAGUCAAGAAAUACAUAAAAAUGUGCUGAAAAUUAUAGGGGUAUUUUUGUAAUUAUGUGGUUUCCCUUAUCAUUACUCCCCCACUUCUCUUAGUGUCAUUAAUGACACUAAGGGAAGUAGACAGUCACCAUGUCUGUUGGAAGGAUCUCGGCCAUUUGUCCUACGCCACGUGUUUCCAUCCGCUGAAAUGUGGAAAGGCGCUCUGCUUCAAAUAUUCCCCUAUAUAUAGUCCCCUAUUUGAACUAUUUUGAUCGCCCCAACUAAUCGCAUUCGAUCUCCCCCUGCGAGCUUCCUUCAUUCUUUAGGUAUUCCUCAAUUCUUUCUUAUUCCAGCUUUUGAUAUCAUGUCUUCUAGGUUUAGGAGUCUUUCCGUUCCUGUGUCUGUUUCCGAGUCUAACUCGAGCUCGGAUUCAAGCUCUAAGUCGGGGUCGUCAGCGACCUCCCCAAGGGAGACCGCUGGCACUUCUCACGAUCCCACUUCUUCCAUUCCCGAACCUCAUUUUAACCUUCCCGAGGAAAUUGCUGAAUCCGAUGAGGCCCUUGUUUUUAAAAAAUACAUUUAAAUGAUGCAACAAAAGCCAUGGUUAGGAAUCGUGAGCAUCAUUAAAACAACUCCUGUAGCUUUAAAAAGAAAAUAUUAUAUACCUGCUGAUUACGAUAUUAUCAUUCCUCGUUCAUUCGAUCGCAUGCAUUAACCCCCAUAAGGUUAUUGUGCUUUAUCCGUGCUUCAUUUAGAUGCCGGACUGCGUUUUCCAUUACCCCGCGAGGUGAAUAAUAUCCUUGUCUGAUUAGGUCUCUGCCCGAUGCAAUUAUCCCCCAAUUCUAUCAGCCAUAUACUCAUGUUCAUUAUUGUUAUAAAACACCUUAAUUUGCUUCCCUCCUUUGACCAUUUCUGGUCUUUAUACAGUAUCACUGCCUCUAAAAGAUCAGGGGAGACUGGGUGGUUCUACUUAACCACACGCAAGGACUGCCGUUUUUUAGACGAUUUGAGGUCUAAUGUCGGUCCUUGGCGUGAUAGGUAUUUCUUUAUACGAUCUCCACCUGGGCAAUCUUGGGAUUUUUACUUGGGUUGGCGCGAGUCCAAACCCAAACCCGAAACUUUUGGGGAGGGGUUCGAGAGCGACCUCAUAAAUUACAUUACUCUGUUUUGGUACCUUCCGAAAGUACUACUACAGGAAAAAGUCUUGAAGCUCGCGGGCCUCUCCCCUGCUCCUAUUCCAGUCAAAAGCUUUUUAGAAUCUGAAAUCAUGCUGGCCAGGAUCGCGAACAAGAUUAGAGCCAAAAAAGGGACGCUGCCUCUCUCUGUUGAUCGCGAGCUCAGAAGCGUAGCAACGGCUGCCAAAGGGAAAUCAAGAGAGCGUGCCCCAACUCCUACUCCAUCCCCUUCAGUCGCCACCGCUUCUGAACAACCAUCCUCUCCCACCGAAACACGAGAUCAUAUCCCAGACGAGCAAGUUGAGGUGGUGAAAAUCUCGGAAGAUCGUGGUCAGAAAAGAAAGAGGGGAAGAGGAACAACGAUCCCUGAAGCAGAGUCAGUGGAGCCAACAGAAAGCAGGAGUGAUCCCUCCUCGAAAUCAGCUAGGCAGGGCAGACUUGAGGCGAAGAUUGCCGCUGAUUGGGUCGCCGAACCCGAAAGCAGAAAGAGAUUUGCCACAUUUCAAGAAGUGUGGCAGCGAACAAGAGACGAGCAACCUUCCUCUGCUCGCAGUGCUGAGAUGUCCGGAGAAAAAUGGAUCCCCGAUUGGAAAAUCUCGAAAAACAGUAGUGUUCUGCGGACCUUUGCCGGGCAAGAUUCAUGGGAAGUCUACAAGGCCGCUUGCCUCGAACGGGAUCAAGUCAUCCUUGCCCAAACCUCCCUCACAUCCCACGAGGAGCACUUCGCGCAUAAUAUGACUCAGGCCAUGGCUUUUGCACAUAACUUGUCCCUCCAAUGCUCGAUGUGGAGACAUGACAAAAUCCUCCUUGAAGCAAAAACUGUGGAGAUGGAGAAGAAGAUUCUAGAGCAGCAAGCCUUGAUCGAGUCCCUGCAGUCUGACGCACAAGAGAAGAAGGAGCUCGUUUCCAAGCUGGAAAUUUAUGAGAGAGAAUUAGAGGAAGCCAGAUCCACAGCCCAAACAGAUCGCGCAACCGCUUUUGAAGCGGGCAGGGAGCAGGGCUUAGCUGAAGGUCGAGCUCAGGGUCUAGCUGAAGGUCGGGCCAUAUUUCUGCAGAGCCAGGAGCACAAGGAUUUACUAGAUCAAGCUCGCUUAAAUGGUGCUCGCGACUUUCUGAAAUCUAGGACCUUUCGAGAGGCUGUGGAGAUCCAGGCGUCGGACUUUAUGAUUGAGGGGUUUGAAAAAUACCAGGGCCAAAUUCGGAAGCUCGAUGGACUUGCAGAGGAUUUCGAUCUAGAGCAGUUGGAUGUCUCCUUAGACAAGAAUCUCGAGCCGUAUCCCCCUGGCCCAGCACCUGCCGAUGACUUCCCAGAAUUUCUUCCUUUGAUGGACGAACUACCACCCCUAUUUCCUAUCUCAUAGAUUUGUAGGGAUGAACACUUUUUUGUAAACACUUUUUGUAAACACUUUUUAUUUUGUACUCCGAUCCAACAAUGUUGAUCCAGGGAUGAGUUCCCCUUUUUGUAAGCUAAUUAUUAUCAAAUUCAAAUAUUUUGUCCAUCCAAUCCUUGAGCAAUUUAUAUUCUUGUAUAUCUACGAAGAUUGCUGCUAAGCUUCAAAAACUAUCGUCUCCCUUCGGGUCGUUCCACGAGAUCUUUUACAGAACUUUCGCGUUCUAAUAACGUAUAGACCUAAUAAGUUAUAAAAUCUGCAACCCCUUCAAAUCGCUUAUGAACCUUUUUCAGGUUAGAAAUCCAUCGUAUCUUUUGAACCUUUUUCAGGUUAGAAAUCCUGCGCAUUUUUUUCAGAUCGCUUAUGAACUUUUUUUAGGUUAGAAAUCCUGCGCAUCUUUUUCAGAUCGCUUCUGAACCUUUUUCAGGUUAGAAAUCCUGCGUAUCUUUUUCAGAUUGCUUGUGAACCUUUUACUUCUAAGGUUAACUUUGAAAGAACACAACAGAACUUGUAGAUGCAAAAUGACCUUUUUCAGUUCGUCUUUUUCAGACUAUUCUGUCUUUUUCAGACAAUUACAAGCCUUUUUCAGGCAAAAUCUUGCUACGAAGCUUACAUAUGUCUAAGCAUAAAAUUUCUUUAAGUUAUGCACAUUUCAAGGCCGUGGCAGAUUUUUCCCCUCUAAGUCUUGCAAGAUGUAUGUCCCUUUUCGUCGGAUUUUCACUACCUUGUAUGGGCCUUCCCAUGUCGGAUCUAGCUUUCCAACAUGCUUAGACAUUUCAACUUUCUUCAACACCAGGUCGCCAACUUGAAAACUUCUCGGUCGUACUCUUUUAUUAUAAUUUAUGGUCAUCAUGCUUUUGUACCUCAAGAUCUUUGCAUACGCGUGAUCUCUACCUUCUUCGAUUAUUGUAAGAUCGACUGACCGCUCCUAGGAAUUUUCUUCUGCUUCAUAUUGGGCGACUCGAGCUGUCUCUUCCCUGAUCUCCGCGGGUAUGACAGCUUCACUGCCAUAUACCAAAUAGAAAGGGGUCUCACCCGUGGCAGUUCGCGGGGUCGUCCAAUAUGCCCAGAGUACUCCAGGCAGCUCUUCGACCCAUGCCCCUUUUGCUCUUUCCAAUCGAGUCUUCAAGUAUUGCAAUAGGGUGCGGUUCAUGACCUCAGUCUGUCCGUUCGCUUGUGGAUUCCCGACCGCCGUGAAAUUCUGUUGGAUUUUCAGCUCUUUACACCAUGCCACAAUCUUCUUUUCUUGGAAUUGUGUUCCAUUAUCCGAUACCAGAACGCACGGAAUCCCGAACCUGCAAAUAAUAUUUUUCCAAAUGAAAUUGAUUACCUCUUUUUCAGAAAUUCUGGUCAGAGCUUCCGCCUCGACCCACUUAGAAAAGUAUUCGACCGCCACAAUCAAGAAUUUUUUCUGAGCCACUGCUUGAGGAAAUGGACCAACGAUAUCGAUCCCCCAUUGAUCAAAGGGGCAUGCAACUUUCAAGGGCUCCAGAGGGGUCACUGGGGAAUGCAGUAACUCCGCGUAUUUUUGGCAACUUUUGCAUUUUCUAGCGAACUCCUUUGCAUCCUCCACCAUCGUGGGCCAGAAAUAACCUUGCCUUAAGAUCUUCUAAGCCAGCAACCUUCCUCCCGAGUGAUUUCCGCAACUGCCUUCAUGUACUUCCUUCAUAACAUACUGCGACCUUUCUGCGUCUAAGCAUUUCAACAAAACACCUUCUGGAGUUCUUUUGUAGAGAUCAUCUCCAAUCAUAGUGAAGCGAUUUGCUUUGAGCUGUAGCCUUUUAGCAGCGAUCGGGUCGCUAGGCAAUUCCCCAUACUUCAAAUACCGGACAAAAGGCGUUCUCCAAGAAUCCGCCCUCUCAACUGUGUGAAUCUCCGCUUCAUUUAUUACCGGGUGUGACUUGACCAUCGCCGUGAUCUUUCUUUCCUUAAUUCCUUCGACCAGCGACCCGAACUUCGACAAGGCGUCUGCCCGUGCAUUCUCGUCCCUCGGGAUUUGAUUGAUCGUACAUCUGUCAAAUUUUUUCAUCAUGUCCUUCAUCUUUGCCAAGUACUGUGUCAUGGACCACUCUCGCGUGUCAUAGGUGCCCUGUACUUGCAUUGCGACAAGUUGUGAGUCUGUAUAUACAUCUACCUGCCUUAUACCUCCAUCCCAUGCUGUCUGCAAUCUUUGAAUUAAAGCUUCAUAUUCAGCUUCAUUGUUCGUAGCCAAAAAAUUUAACCUCGCUGCGAUCUCGAUCUCAGCACCGUUCGGUCCGUGCAAGUAAAUACCAGCUCCUCCAUUCUUUGAGGUCGACGACCCAUCCACGUGUAGCAGCCAUCUCUCUUCUUUUUCAGGCUGUUCACCAGCGAACUCGACCAAGAAAUCAGCAAACACUUGCGCUUUGAUUGCACUCCUUGUCUGAAAUUUGAUGUCAAAUUCUCCCAGCUCCACCGCCCAUUUGAUCAUCCUGCCAGAUGUAUCCGAUUUUGACAUAACCUGCUUCAAAGGAUGAUUAGUUAACACAACAAUAGGGUGGGACUGGAAGUAAGGUCGCAACUUCCGUGCCGUUGUCACCAAAGCCAACGCCAGCUUCUCGAUCUGGAUAUAUUUCUUCUCCGCCCCUUGUAACAUUUUGCUUACAUAGUAGACAGGACUUUGUUUUCUAUUCUCUUCACGAAUCAGCACCGAGCUCACCGCAUUAUCUGAGACAACUAAAUACACAUACAAUUUUUCCCAAUCAUGGGAUUAGAAAGCAGUGGGGGAGUAGUUAAAUACAAUUUUAGCUUCUGAAAAGCCUGCUCGCAGUCCUCACUCAUUCGAAAUUGUUCGCUUUUCGCAAAACCUUAAAGAAAGGUAAGUUACGAUCAGCUGACCUGGAUAUGAAACGAUUCAGCAAGGCGACCUUUCCCGUUAACUGCUGCACCUCUUUUAUCGAUUUUGGCGACCCUAGCUGCAUGAUCACCUUGAUCUUUUCCGGAUUGGUUUCUAUGCCCCCUUCGCUAA